ACUCUAUCAUAUCAAUUAACUUGAUUUAUUUCAUUCAUGUCAAUUAGCCAUUUUUGAGGAAAUAAAAAUGGAAUAUUUCCAGAAUUCAAUUUUGUAACCAAUAUAAUUUCCUCUUGAAUCACGCCAUUUUCUUCAUUUCCAAAAAAAAAAAAAUAAUAAUAAAAAUCCAUCACACUCUAUUUAAGCUCCAAAAGAAUGGACAUUUCUUGUAUUUUAAGAAAAACUUUGUCGAAAAAAUCUCAUCAAUGGCACCUUGCAAAUGGAUUCGUUCAUUUAAAGAAGACAAUUCCGCAUUCAUGGUAUUAUAUUCUCUCAUUAUAUUUCAUCUGUAUUUUCCAUUUUAUCAAAAAGAAAAUCAUGUUCUUUUUGUAUUUUUUUUCCUCCAGUCAUGUAUUCUGAGAGUAAAUGUACAUAGUCCAGGAUGGCAAAAGGCAGUCAGGGGUGUGCUAUCCAGUAGCCGAGGAGUACGAAGUUUCAAGAUGGAUGAAUUCGGCAUUGUGCGCGUGUCAGGUUUGAUUGAUCCAAAAUUACUUAUGAAGAAGCUUGGAAAAGUUGGAAGACAUGCAGAAUUAUGUUGGUUUCAAUUUGGACAGUGUCCGAGCAACUUAUUUUUGCCGAACCACGAUAAUCCACACGGUUACUGGAUGAGCGGCUACGAUGAAUAUGGUCGUUAUUUUCCUUUCCGACAAGCAUUUCAAGAAGCUUGUUUAGAAUCCUCGUACGAGCAUGUGCCACCGCCAACGGCCCCGCCCUUGAGCUUCGAAAGUAGUGGCUGUUGCACUAUCAUGUAAAAAAUGCCAUCAACUUGGGACAAAACCUAGGAUCUAGGAUGAAAAAAUGUUCAUUUUUAUGAUUUUUUUUUUUUGUCCUAUGGAAUCCAAGUAGGGUGUCUGACUUUCUUCUUAUAGUGGCCAUGGUUUUUUUCUCAGCUGCUUUGUUAUAUAGAAAGAACUACCACCUCUCUUUUUCA